AUGGCGGCUGUCCCUGAGCCAGCGCUCGUCUCCGCCCCGCAGGGCCACGACGCCCAGGUCGCCUCAGACCCCCAGGCCACGGCAGCAGACUCUCCCCGAGAGGACUUCCGAGUGCGCUGCACCUUGAAGAGGGCCGUGGUGGAAGUGAUGGAGAUGUGCGGUCGCUUCGUGCAGGAGCUCGGGGCCGCGCUGCCGGAGGACGUCCGCGAGCUCGCGCUGCGGGACGCACAGUGGACUUUUGAGUCGGCUGUACAGGAGAACGUCAGCUUUAAUGGACAGGCCUGGGAGGAAGCCAAAGAUCAUUGCUUAAUGGAUUCUGACAUCAAAGUGCUUGAAGAUGAAUUUGAUGAGCUCAUAGUAGAUGUGGCAACAAAACGGAGGCAGUAUCCCAGGAGGAUCCUUGAGAGUAUCAUCAACACCUUGAAAGCACAGCAUGCAAGUCUGAAGCAGUAUCACCCUGUUGUACAUCCUCUGGACCUGAAAUGUGACCCUGACCCAGCUUCUCGUGUGGAAGAUUUGAAAUGCCGCGGAGAAGCCAUAGCUAAGGAAAUGAGUGAGGCCAUGAAGGCUUUGCCUGUGCUAAUUGAACAAGGAGAAGGCUUUUCCCACGUCUUAAAGAUGCGACCUGUCAUCCAGCUACAGAGGAUCAACCAGGAAGUCUUCUCCAGCCUCUACAGGAAAGCAGAUUCCAAGCCUGACACAUGUGUGACACAUGUAGAAACCACACCAGCAGAGACUGGAGCCAGGAAGGCUUCCAACAUUGUGCUAAAGAGAAGGAAAGCCCCAGACUGUGCCCAGAGAAAGUGCUACCCGCUGCUGAAGAGAAUUAAUCUUGAUCUGUGAGCUGUUUGUUGGGGAGCAGAAAGUCAAUGUUGUCAACACUUGGGUCACAGUCUGAUGACUGAGUGACUUUAUUUAAAGUAAGUGACUCUGUACAGGUACUGUACAGCUACAGUGCACUGUUGUGAAUCCUGUACAGCUACAGUGCACUGUUGUGAAUCCUGGAAUAUGGCUGAGGACUGCUCCUUCGCUGGAGUCCCUGUGCAGUAGGUGAAAAGACUCCCCAGUCCUGCCCAGACCUGUCGGUGGCCCCCAAUGACACCAGCUUGUGACUGCCUUGCAGCUUUGAGGCAUCCCAGAGAUGUGCUCUGAGGGGUUUUGUUGAUGCACAGCUCUCUGUGAGGCUAUGAGGUGGUUCCCUGCAGCUGGAGAGCUGGCAUUGGCUCUGUGUGGCAGCGUGUGCAUUUCCGGGCAGGUUUUCAGAUGAAUGCACAGAAAGUGGGCCUGGCCUUAGGUUUGGUCCAUGGUCAUUUAGAGUUUUGUAAGAUAAACGAGAAGGCUAUUAUUUGUACAGGAAAUGUUCUUAAAAAGAAAACCUGGGGCAUGGAACCUCUAUUUCUUGCCUGUUUUCUUUUCCAUAAAUCUUUGAACAUAAUUUGACUGGAAACUGAUGGCUUCUUUUAAAGUCCUUAUUUCCAAAUAGAUCCUUCUAAUUCAAAUUACAUAUUAGGAUCGAUAGAUGUGUCGUUUACCACAGAUCUAAGCAGAGUAAGUGUCAGACUCAGGUGGGGUCAGCAAACCUGCGCUGAGAUUUGAACACAGCCUCUUGCAGCCUCUUGCAGCGUGCUUGUGUCUCUUAGCCAGUGCGUUGUAGGUGGGGCCACCAAACUUGCCAUCUAUUUCCCUUUUGGGUGAUUAUCCUUGUGUCCAUUUUCAGAGGAGUUUACUUAUCAUGACUUGGAAAAUCUGUAUUGCUUUUGUUCACUGUGUCCUGAUGAUCGUAAACAUCUUGGUUUCUCUGCUUUUCUCAGUUGGGAAAGCUUUAUGGCGACACUGCUUUGUGGAGCUCAGAUUCUGUUUUACUUAAGUUAAUAAUUGUAUGGGACAGUAUUUGGGUCUUUAAAGGAAUGUAUAAAGACCAGAAUCUUGGCACUGUGCCUUUUCCACCUAACAAGGCAUUCUUGGUACUGGCUUUCAUGGGAGAGCAGGGUGGCACUCUGCAUUUCAGAGUGCAUUUAGCUCACCCUAAAACCACUGUGGGACUCCAGAAGGCGACUGUUCAUACUGUGCCUUUCGAGGCAUUAAAGUGCUGUGACUGAUUUUGCUUGGGAAGUGCCCAAACAGGCAAGGCUAGAGAGCAGGCUGGGAGGCAGUAUGGUGGGGUUCUACUGAAGCAAGAGCUACGCAGCAGGAUGGGAGAGUGAGCUUGGGGCAUUCUCCAGGUGACUCUGGCUGGACCCAUAAAGUCAAAUCGUGAAAGCCCUCUUUCCACACAUGGGCCAGUGACUUAAAGCACUCGAUUAGUAGUAAGCUCUGGGAGGUGUUUCAUCCUCAGUGUAGAAGCUAGGUGAUCAGAGAACCCCAAGGAUCCUUGGGGCCCACUUACAACAGGAGUUCUUCAUGGGGAUUAUCUUCCCAGAAGACCUGUGGUAAUUGUGAAGAUGUUUUUGCCUAUCAUAACUUAAGGUGUGUGUGACGGGGGGGUUGGGAGGUAGCGGUGUAUCAUUACCAUUUAGCGAUAGAUGUCCCCAUGGCUGGCACAGCUAACCGUCUGCCCCCAGACAGUGAUGCUGUGGUGGAGAAGCUUGCUGAGGAGCAGACCAACAGCAUAGUGUGGUGCGGCCAUUGCAGCUCUCCCAGCCCGUCUGGGAAAUGCUGUCUGUCUUGGUCGUAGUUACCACUUGUCCACACCUCACUCAGCCUUCCUAAGACAAACUGCAAUGUAUGAUCUU